AUAAUCUCCGUAGAUUCGUUUACGCACGACAUUGAACACCCUAACACUUCCCAUCCAUCCCACCACCUGUGUUUGCUAUUCGAUCCUUCUCUGUGUAAAAUCCAUCGACACAACACAGGCUGAUGCUGGCUUCCCCUUCAUCGUAUCUGUCGAAUUCUUUUUUUCUCUUUGCGCACAAUACAUCAACAAGUCCACAACACACCGAGUCUUCUUUGACUCUUCCAAGAAUCGAUUAUAUCAUUCAAUUCAUCAUGCCUAAUUUUUAUUUUUACAAAUCUAAUUUAUGAAUUGUGGCUGUGAAUUUGUUUGCACAAGUUUAUAGCUACAUCAUUAACCUAAUUUUUGUGAAUUUAUGAUUUUGUUAAUUGUUGGAACAGUGGAAGCUUAUGUUUUAUUUUUUGCUCUGCUAGAUAUGUAAUUGCUAAUGUUAUAUAGUUUUGUGAAAACUUAAUUAGUUGGCUAAUUGUUGGAAUAUAGUGAGGGGUUACAGACGAUUUAUUCCAUGUUAAUUUGGUCCUGGGUUUUGGCCAGUUGUAUUUUGUAGAUAUAGUUCGUUAUCAAAGUUUUCUUAUUGCUUGUGGUUGUAGAUUACUUGUGGAUUCUGGAAAGCAUUGGCUGAUCAUUCCAUUCUAUUCUAUUCCUUUGCAGAUAUUUUGGAGCCACAAAACAAAUUGCAUAAGGAAAGAUGCAAUGGAUGUAGAAAGCGAUAGACUAAGCAGCUUGCCAGACGAUCUUAUCCAUAAAAUAAUUUCUUUUAUUAGCAUCAAAGAUGCAAUAGCAACCAGUGUUUUGUCAUCUAAAUGGAGGUCUAUCUGGACUUCAAUGCCCUAUCUGACUUUCGAAAAUCUCAAUCAUGGGCCCAGCAUCUCCAAUUUUAUUUCUAAUGUUUUGUCUCACCGUGAUAAUGAAACACAAGUUUCUUCGGUCAGUCUCGUACUUGGGAAAAGAGUAAGGGAUGAUGAAUCUGUUACAGACAUUCUCAAUUGUGCAUUGUCUCACAAUGUCCAACAACUCAGUGUUACGCGCUCGCCUGAGAAAAUUGUUGGACGCCCCCUCGUUUACCGAUUAUCAUCAAUUGCCACAUCAGCGUGGGACCUCCCAGCUUUAACGACAUUGCAUCUUCAUCAUAUCCAAUUGUCUGAUGAUAAUGAUUUUUUCUCCAAAUUCACCAAUUUGAAGAACCUGUUCUUAAGACGAUGCACAUUAAUGAAGGGAGCAAAAGUUUUGAAUAUUUGUCUUCCUCGACUUUCAGAUCUUACACUUGAAUAUAUACGUAUGGAUAUGGAAUUGAAGGAGUAUGUAAAUGUGGCUGCACCUCAACUCCAGAACCUCACUAUUAAAUGGUGCGCUGGGAAGCAUCUGAUUUCUGCACCUGGGCUCGCCUCCUUGGUGAUAGAAAUUUCUCAUCCAUGGCAGAUUUCUACACCAGGCUUCCCUUGUUUGGAGAAGGCUGAUCUUUGUAUGAACCAUCCAUUCAUUGCAGAUGCUCAUGAAAUAGUUUGUCUGCUUCAACACCUCCGCAGUGCCAAGCUUCUUAUACUUAGCUUGGGGAUUCUACAGCGUCUUUUUGAAGAAAGGGAGCAUCUUUCUUCAUCCAUGGAACUAAUCCCACAUCAAACUUGUGUGUUUGCUAACGCAAGGAUAUUAAAGUUUAUACCAAAAUUGCCGGUUAAGGUAUACUUGGAAGUGCAGGCAGAAGAGAAAGUAACUGAAAUAAAAAACUACGAUACUUCUCCAGGUGCCAUCUUCCCAAUGGUAUCACAUAAGAUGAUUAUGGAAACACUGCAGGAGAUUAAAGUUAUGGGGGAUAUGGCAUCAGCACAAAUAUUUGUGAAAAACUUGAGACUGUUUCUUAAAGAAUGUAAAGCAAAUACAAAUAACAAGGCUCAAAUGGAUGAACAUGGCAAACCACAGGUUGAGAAGCCCUGGGCAUGGGAAUUUCAGUUGAACCUUGGGGAAAUGAUGGCACUGAUUAAGCAAAGCAAAUCUGUAGCAUUGGAGACUUGUCUCAUCAUGGCAAAGUUUAGGCCAAGCAGUAGUGAAAGAUUACAGAUUAUUGAAUGGUUGCAGGAAAUGCGUUCAUUGUUUCAGUGCAUUGAAGGAUUGAUGACACCCAAGAAGGAUGUGAUGCAACCGAUUUUUUCUAGAUUGUGUGAAGAUGCUACCAUUCUCACUAAUAGUAUAUUGGGAUGGAUGAAGACCAGACAGGAAACUCAAGACACCAAUGUGCUUAGUAUUUAGUAUUUAUUGUUGUUUUGGUAUUGUUCUAUUUCUGCUAAGUUAAGACUCCUGGAUGAUUAUUUUAACCUAUUUUGGUAGAUGUUAUUAUCAACAACUUUAAUUGAAGAGUAAAUUACAGAUUUGGACCA